CGUCAUAUAUAAACGACGACCGUGAAUGUUCGGUUAUUUUGCUUCUCAUCUAGCUAGAUAGCUAACCAGCUUGUUAAUUUUGGGAAAAUGGCUGAAUCGUUUGAAGAACGUCUCGUAAAAGCUGUCAAAGAGCAUACACACUUGUAUGAUACCUCAAUGCGUUUACAUUUCGACAAAGAGGCUCUCGAGCACAGUUGGCGCGAAAUUGCUACAUAUUUAAACUCCGAUCCAGAUACUUGCAGGAAGAAAUGGAGACUUGCGAGGGACCGUCAUGUGAGAGCACUGAAAAAGUCUAAGGACAUGCCAGAGGGUGUACCGAGGCCUGGAAGCCUGAGUUGGCUCACCAUUUUUAUAAAACAUCGGCAAACCAACCCAAACUUUCCCGAGAUCUCAGCAGACAGAGUUGAGAGUCCUAAUGACAACCUGGAUCAGACUCCCUUGUUUUCAGACCAGGCAGGUCCACUGUUCCCUUUAUCAUCUUUCCGUCUCCUGGUUCCACCUCUACGACUGAUGUCAGCUUUCAUGUGGCAAGUGGCUCAAGAGCGUAAUGUGAUGCACUAUGGGAAGCUGGAGGAGUUUGUGACUUUGGUGACAGAGAUGGUUCCAGAGCUGCUGAGCUCCAGGCAGAGGACCCAACUCAUCCUGGGUCUGAGAGCAAGGAUGGUUUUAGAGUUGUUUCGUAAUGAAAACCCACCGGACCCCCAGACCAUCCAACUUAAUUUGGACAGAAUCAAAACUUCUUCAGUACAUGCUGUGCACAAGGAUUCACAGAGUAGAAAUGAGUUGGAGUCUUCAGAGUCUAACUUCGUGGAGCUGGUCAAAACCCUGCUCGAAGACCCUUCUGAGAAGAAGCACUUCUUUCAGGUGGUGUUCCCAAUACGUUAUGGCCCUCGGUAUGACACAGCACUGCAGAUACUGAUGUGGGAGUUUCUCUCCCGACUGGAGGAGCUGCUGCCUGUACCAGACCUCACAGAGACAGCAUCUUGUCUCAGCCUUGCCCCCUCUGACCUGGAGGAGUUCUGGCAUUCUGUCUCUGACCCCGAGCACCUGAAGACACUGCUGCAGCAUCAUAGACAUCUGGGUCACUUGAGCAAAAAUGAAUUCUCCAACCAGGUUGCAGACAACAUCUUGUCCACAUUGUCAAUUCCUCAAAUUCAUGGCCUGAAGUCAAGCCUUGAUGGACAUGAAGGCAUGAAAGGGAGCACAGAGGGGUGGAAGAUCAACAGUGAGGAAGGAGGAGAGUUGCAUUUUGAAAAGAACUUGGAGGAUGAUGGAAGUGAGAGAAAUGAAGACACUGAGAGGGGAUUGAAGGAUGAGGAUGACGCAAAGUGGACCUCCCCUCUGAGUGAACCAGAGGACUCGGAUGAACCGGCUAGUGACAUGCCCUCCCAGGUCUUCUCCUGCCCCCAGUGCCCAUUCUCCCACAGGGAAAUGGUGGACCUUCAUCAGCACAUCAGGAAGGAACAUCUAACAGAGGAGGACAGCAGGAGCCUGGACUCUGGAGGAGCUGAGAACUCACUGCCAUCCAGUCAAACAGCCAAGAGCUCCUCAGCCAAGAGCUCCUCAGCCAAGAGCUCCUCAGCCAAGAGCUCCUCAGCCAAGAGCUCCUCAGCCAAGAGAAUCAAUAACAACACCUGCAAACAGUGUGGGAAGGGUUUCAGAUGCACAACUGACCUGAAACGACACCAAAGUGUUCACACCAGUGUGCAGCCGUUCCGGUGCAAUCAGUGUGAGAAGAGAUUCAAAUCGGAGAGAUAUCUACAACUGCACAAGAAAAGUCACGACGUAGAACCGAUGCACAGGCCUAUUUGCCAGCACUGUGGCAAGAGUUACACUAGUGCAGCUGUCCUCAAAAUACACAUACGUACCCACACCGGAGAGCGGCCUUACUCCUGCUCAGUAUGUGGGAAGAAGUUCAAUCAAAAGCACACAUUAGUUAGACACCUCCGGAUGCACAAAGGAGAGAGACCAUACCUGUGUAGCGUAUGCGGGAAGGCUUUCUUUGUUUCCGGGGAACUCUUAGUGCACAUGCGUUUUCACACAGGAGAACGACCUUACCGCUGUAAACCGUGUGGAAAGGCUUUCAGCACGUCAUGCGCUCUCACGUCGCAUAAGCGAUGGCACUCAAAUGACCGCCCGUUCACCUGCUCCCUGUGUUCAAAGGGCUUUGCGGAAACUGGUGGCCUUAAAAGACACAUGUUUAUUCAUACUGAGGAGAAGCCCCAUUACUGCCACACGUGUGGGAAAGGAUUUAGUCAGUUGAGCAACAUGAGAAUACAUUUGAAAACUCAUAAAAAAUAAUGUCAUUGGCUCUUUGUCAGACUAAUGGAAAUUUUAACUAGUGUAAUGUUUAUUUCUCCUUGAGCUCAAAGCCAAAAGUAAGGAAAAAAUGAAAUUGUAUUAUAGGUAAUGUACAUCGUCCUGACAAAGUAUCCAUUCUGUUAUUUUCCCCUUGGUAAUGUGAUCUGUUAAGGAACUUUGGGCACAGACUUCACAAUGACACUGAGGUUUUACUUAGUGCAUUGCCAACUGCACUGUACUCUGUGAGCACAGUAGGGUUAACAUGGUGUAAGGAUCACACGUAGUUCGUGUAGGCUGUUCUGUACCUGAAGUAAUGAAAAGUUUUUUGACUGCAACUAUCAAGUUGUUGUCUUUUUAAUAAUCUAAUAAUUUAAUAAUGUGUUUUGGGGCAAGCUCCUGAUGUAUGUUGGAACAGAGUCCUCCCUUUUCUCCUGCAUAGUCACCUGUUCACGUGUCCUUGUCUGAGACAUUUUUAUUUUCAGUCAGCAGUUUCAGUUAUGAAUUUAUUUGCAAAUUAUGGUGGAAAAUAAGUAUUUGGUCACCUACCAACAAGCAAGAUUUCUGGCUCUCA